GAGAGAGAGAGAGAAGAGAGAAGAGAGAGAGCAGAGAGAGAGAGAGAGAGAGAGAGAAAGAAGAGAGAGAGCGAGCGAGCAGAGAGUGCCUUGCGUGUGGUUGGUGUGUAGAAAACAACAGUCCGUUGUCUUGGGCAUGAAGGCGACUAGCCAUGCAUAAACAGACAGGGCAGACGGACAACAGGAAAUAAUGCGCUCCAGCUAUACCUCGUAAACAACCACCUUGUUGUUCUGUUCAUGUUUUAUCCAGACAGUCGCUGUCUGAGUUUGACAGAGUAUCGACCCGUUCGCUUCUAGUCUCAACCACCUCGCUGUUUCUAUUCAUGUUUUAUCCAGACAGUCGCUGUCCGAGUUUGACAGAGUAUCGACCCGUUCGCUUCUAGUCUCAGUCUUCUUUUCAUAUUUUCCUCUUCAUCUCUCUUCUCUUCUUCUUCACCAUGGGGUGUUCUUCGUCCAGCACACAGACUGUCGAUGAGGAGAAGAGACCGGGGACAAAACCCGAGGAGUCCAAUGGAGACACAUUUGUUGUCAGGAAUGGACACAUCUCGGAGGAAACAGAGACCAUCGCUGACCAGAUGCAACUUCCUGUCCAGAGUGCCCUGACUGAUGACUCUGAGGAGCCAGUCAUCAUGGGCUCCGAGGCCCUGGAGACCGUGGGGUCUGGAUGGGAGGAGGACCAGGUCCUGGUGAUGCUGGCUGCAGCUGAGCCAGAGGUUCCACCUGAAGUCCCUGCUGAGGCUGCAGCCGUGGAAGCAGAGGUCCCUUCAGAGGCUGUGGUUUUAGUAGAGGCUGUGGCCCCAGUGGAGGCGGCGAUCCCUGUUGAGGCCGUCGUGGUUGAGGCCGCUCCUGUGGCAGAGGCUCCUGCUAAGACAGUGGUGUCUGACGAGGCCCCUGUUGUUGAAACUGGAGCUGCAGUGGAGGUGGUUACCCUGGUCGAGACAGCUGCACCUGUGGAAGCUGCUGCCCCAGUCGAGGUAGCUGCCCCCAUUGAGGUGGCUGAAACGGUCCCAGAGCCAGCUUCAGCCCCAACAGAGGAGACCCCAGCUCCAGCUCCAACAGAGGAGACUCCAGCUCCAACAGAGGAGACCCCAGCUCCAGCCCCAGCAGAGGAGACCCCAGCUCCAGCCCCAACAGAGGAGACCCCAGCUCCAGCCCCAAAAGAGGAGACCCCAGCUCCAGCCCCAAAAGAGGAGACCCCAGCUCCAGCCCCAACAGAGGAGACCAAAGAAGCCCCAGCCCCUGAGCCUGUGGCCGCUGUCCCAGUGGGGGCCCCUGCUGCUGAGGCUGUGGCCGCUGUCCCAGAGGGGGCCCCUGCUGUGGAGGCCCCUGCACCCAGUGGCCCCAUAACUGACCUUGUUGUUGCUGCUGAGCCUGCAGCAGAGCCAAUAAUCACCCCUGUGGCUGUGGAGGCCCCUGUAGCAGCCAUUGCCAAUGAGCCAGUGGAGGCCCCAGGACCAGUGGAGGCCCCAGGACCAGUAGAGGCCCCAGGUGAGGUGGCAGCUCCAGCCCCUGCCCCAGAGCUAAUACCAGCCGCCCCUGCCCCAGAGCUAACACCAGCCGCCUCUGCCCCAGAGCUAACACCAGCCGCCCUUGCUCACGUGGCCCUGCCUACUCCUGCUACCUCAGACGCCCCAGCCCCUGCCCCAGAGCUAACACCAGCCGCCCUUGCUCCCGUGGCCCUGCCUACUCCUGCUACCUCAGACGCCCCAGCCCCUGCCCCAGAGCUAACACCAGCCGCCCUUGCUCCCGUGGCCCUGCCUACUCCUGCUACCUCAGACGCCCCAGCCCCUGCCCCAGAGCUAACACCAGCCGCCCUUGCUCCCGUGGCCCUGCCUACUCCUGCUACCUCAAUCCCUGAGAUUGAUGGUUCACAAAUGGUCGCGUUGGGAUAUGGAGGAGUCACAUUUCACCUCAGUAACACAGCGCCAACUGAUUGUGCUGAGGGAUAAUUCAAUUACACAGAGCAAAUGGCUGCCAUUUAUUGUCCUGAUUCACCCCAGGGAGGUUAUGAUUGUUCUUCCAGCUCAUAGAUUCACUAAAUUGAUAUGUUAAACUAAAACGCCCGUCUCUCCUGAUUUUGUAAAUAAGGUGUGUCAGUCAGAGUCUAUGUUGUAACCUGCCAGAUCUGGCUUAUCUGGAAUAUGGUUGGUCCUCCCCUGCCACAGGCACAAAUAGCUGGGAAGACAUCUCUGCAAACAUGCGUGAAAUGUGGGGAGAGACGGCGAGCGUGAGAUGUGGGGAGAGACGGCGAGCGUGAGAUGUGGGGAGAGACGGCGAGCGUGAGAUGUGGGGAGAGACGGCGAGCGUGAGAUGUGGGGAGAGACGGCGAGCGUGAGAUGUGGGGAGAGACGGUGAGAUGUGGGGAGAG